AUGUGCUGUUCCUGUCCCUCCUGUCUGGAAGGAUCUGGUGGUAAUUGGCGAUACGAUGUUGCUCUGCAGGUGAAAAAUGGCUUCCAGAAGGACUUGCUCUAUGAAUCUCUUAGCAACCGAAGUGAAGAUGACCUGCCUGUUGUUCCUCACGUCAUCCUUCUUGCCCUUUUGAAAUAUGGGUUUGGAGGUGGCAAUUAUGUGUCUGUUUUUAAAUGCUUUGAGGAAGAUGUAUAUGUUGGUGAGCUUCCUCAAGAUUUUCUUCGCAUUACCCCAACCCAGCAGCAACAGCAAAUCCAGCUGGAUGCCCAGGCAGCUCAGCAGCUACAGUAUGGAGGACCAAUGGGUACAGUAGGCAGACUCAGCAUUACUGUAGUACAGGCAAAAUUGGCAAAGAACUACGGAAUGACCCGCAUGGAUCCAUAUUGUCGAAUACGGCUGGGCUAUGCUGUGUAUGAAACUCCAACAGCGCAUAAUGGAGCCAAGAACCCCCGCUGGAACAAAGUUAUUCAGUGCACUGUUCCCCCUGGUGUGGACUCUUUUUAUCUAGAGAUAUUUGAUGAGCGGGCCUUUUCAAUGGAUGACCGCAUUGCUUGGACACACAUUACAAUUCCUGAGUCUCUGAAACAAGGAAAUGUGGAGGAUGAAUGGUAUAGCCUGAGCGGAAGGCAAGGUGAUGACAAGGAAGGAAUGAUUAAUCUGGUUAUGUCAUACACGUCUUUGCCAGCUGCCAUGAUGAUGCAGCCCCAGCCAGUGGUCCUGAUGCCCACUGUAUAUCAGCAAGGAGUUGGAUAUGUGCCUAUAGCAGGGAUGCCUGCAGUCUGUAAUCCAGGCGUGGUACCAGUGGCAAUACCACCUCCUGCAGUCAACCCUCAGCACCUGUGUAAUGAAGAGGACCUGAAAUCUAUCCAGGACAUGUUUCCCAACAUGGACAGGGAAGUAAUCCGCUCAGUGCUAGAAGCUCAGAGGGGGAACAAGGAUGCAGCUAUCAACUCCUUGCUUCAGAUGGCUGAAGAAUCAUAGAUCCCUACUUCCUGCAUAGUUCCUGUCCUCGAUGCCACUUAUUUUUACUUGCCAAGCCAGGGAUUUAGCUAGAGGAAGAAUUUCCCAACAGCUUUCUGUUAGCGCAUCCUGUGUAAAGAUUAUACCCCUUUUCUCCUUGGACGUUUGGAUCUUUUUCACUUUCUUUCUCAAUCUGUACAUACUCUAUUUCGCUUAUGUCCUACAAUAUAGCAUUGAAGCAUCUUUACUAUCAGCUGUGCCCUGUGUGGCUAUAUUCUGAUGGGGUGGGGAGUAAUGCUGCUUUUUUUUUUUUCUUUCUCUCCCCCU